AUGGCUCCAGUAUCUCGGUCCAGCUAUUGCGAGGACGCCCCAGGUUCUCAGAGGCCACGACACAGCUCUUCUGGGAGCCCACCGUCUGCGCGGAACAGGCACUCCCCUUGGAGUGGCAGUUCCCGCCCUCACUCCCGAGGACCUGAGGGCCUCAAGCCUCCCUGGGUUGGGGUGUGCGUUGGCCCUUCUUAUACCCUUAGCCGCGCUGGGUCUUGGGAGCGGCCUCCAGGCCUCCACAACUACUACUUCUCGUCCUCCUCUUCAAUUUACUAUGGGGGAUAUCGCUACCACCACCGUCACCACCACUAUGGGGGCGAUUGGCAGUGGGCAGAACACUAUGAGAAGGAAAAGGAAGAGAGCUGUCGGCAAAGGAGGCUGAAGGAGAGAGAGAGAAUUGGGGAGUUGGGUGCGCCUGAAGUGUGGGGGCUGUCACCAAAGUUUCCUGAGCCAGAUUCUGAUGAACAUACCCCAGUUGAAGAGGAGCUGAAGAAUCAAAAGAGUACGAAUUCAGAUUCCAGCUCUGAAGAAAAAAGAAAAAAGAAGACCAGUCGUUCAAAAAAGAAAAAAAGAAAGAAGUCCUCCAAAAGAAAACAUAGGAAGUAUUCUGAUAAUGAUAGUAAUUCAGUCUCUGACACUGAUUCUAGCUCUGAUGAUGAUAAAAAGAAAGUCAAAAAACCUAAGAAGAAAGACAAGAAAAAGAAACACAGAGCGAAAAAAUACAAGAAAAAGAAUAAGAAGACUAAAAAAGAAUCCAGUGACACAAGCUGUAAAGCUUCAGAAGGGGAAUUUCCAGAAGGUAUCUGGAUGGGACAGUCAAAGACUGCAGGUACAAUGGAUUUAAUAGGCCCAGAAGCACCUAUAAUACAUACCACUCAAGAUGAGAAACCUUUGAACUAUGGUCAUGCUCUGCUCCCAGGUGAAGGUGCAGCUAUGGCUGAGUAUGUAAAAGCUGGAAAGCGUAUCCCACGAAGAGGUGAAAUUGGGUUGACAAGUGAAGAGAUUGCCUCAUUUGAAUGCUCAGGUUAUGUCAUGAGUGGUAGCAGACAUCGCAGAAUGGAGGCUGUAAGACUGCGUAAAGAGAAUCAAAUUUACAGUGCUGAUGAAAAGAGAGCUCUUGCAUCCUUUAACCAAGAAGAGAGAAGAAAGAGAGAGAAUAAGAUUCUAGCCAGUUUCCGAGAGAUGGUGUACAGAAAGACAAAAGGGAAAGAUGACAAGUAA